UUUCUUUUCUUGUACGUCUUUGCCUGAGGAGCGGUGCCAAGUCCUGAAAUCCGGCACAGAACAUGUUCCUCCUCCUGCUACUUGUGAGCCUGGGAAUGCAGCUUUGUCAGACAGCAGCUUUAUUCAUAGUGACGGUCCCUAAGGAACAGUACACGGUAGACUACGGCAGCAACGUGACCCUGGAGUGUGAUUUUGACACUGGAGGUCAUGUGGAACUCACAGAUUUAAAAGCCAGUUUGCAAAAGGCGGAAAAUGAUACAUCUUUGCACAGUGAAAGAGCCACUUUACUGGAGGAUCAGCUGCCCCUGGGGAAGGCCUUAUUCCACAUCCCCCGAGUCCAAGUGAGGGAUGCGGGGCAGUACCGCUGCCUGAUCAUCUAUGGGGUCGCCUGGGACUACAAGUACCUGAGUCUGAAAGUCAAAGCUUCCUACAAGAAAAUAAACACUCACAUCCUUAAGGUCCCAGGGACAGAUGAGAUAGAGAUCACCUGCCAGGCAGAAGGUUAUCCCCUGGCAGAAGUGUCUUGGCCAAAUGUCAGUGUUCCUGCCAACACCAGCCACACCAAGACCUCUGAAGACCUCUACCAGGUCACCAGUGUUCUGCGCCUAAAGCCACACCCUGGCAGAAACUUCAGCUGUGAGUUCUGGAACGCUAAUGUGAAGGAACUUACUUCAGCCAUCAUUGACCCUCAAGAUGAGAUGGAACCCAAGAUCCCUUCAAGUUCGCUGCUUCAUGUUUUCAUCCCUUCCUUCAUCAUUGCUUUAAUGUUCAUAGCGACAAUGAUAGGCCUAAGAAAACAGCUCUGCCAAAAGCUUUAUUCUGGAAAAGACACAACAAAAAGAUCUGUCACCACAAUAGAAGGGAAGUGAACAGAGCUAUUUGAAGCUGUGGUCUCAGGAGCUGGGGUGAUCUGAUGGGAGAUCCUCAAGAAGCUUCUGGACUCUGAACAAGCAUCCCUUGGCCUGCAGAGCUUCUUGUUUAUACUUUUCAAAUGCCUUUGUAUGACCCAGCACUUUAAUCUGGAGACUGCAACAAGACCAAGCAGCACCUGGCCGUGGUGUGCUCAGAGGAAGUCAGGCAGCCCACCCCUUCACAGAUCCGGGCUCUCACCUCCACAGCCUGUGGCUCGAAGCAAGCACUAUUGCACUUUAGAAAAUGACCACACUGGGUCCUAGACUCCAGUGCGUGUCCUGAGGCUCCUUCUUGCUGCCAGACUGAAAACAGAGGGAAUUAUUUCCCCCUACAUUUCCAAAAUGAUUUCCAGAAGCAGAGAUGAGUGGAGAUUUCCAGUUACAGAAACUUACAGAUUGCCGAUAGACUUAUUUUUAUCCAUAGUUCCCUCUGGCUACUGGAAAAACCUAUUGAGACUAUGAGCUGACAGACAGGGCUUCAUACAAAGUCAAGCCAUAAUUGAUAAGUUUUAGGGCUUACUGGAAUCUUGAAAGCAUCCGAGUUGUUCUAAUUAACAGAAAGCAUUUAAGGACACAGAGGGGCCAACUACAAAUCAUGGAAAAAAACCUUUGAGUAUUUUUGUGAGGUCUAAAUCACAAAGCAUUUAUUUUAACCUAUUAUGGCACCAUAUUGAAUGGUGUUUUUUAAACUACAUCUUUCCUUCAAAAAAUCUGUUUUUUUUAAAUUUCAGAAACCAAUGAUCUACAUUAAAAAAUUAUGGCAUUCUUAAUGCUGUACCUGCAAAGAUUUCAGAUGAGUAGCCAUAAUGGUCAAAGUCCCAAACUAGGCCUCCUUUCCUGGUUCUUUAUAUGACUUUAAACUUAACCUUUCAGUGACUCAAUUUCCACAUCUGUGAUACAGUGAUAUUCUCUAGUCGAGGCCUGUGAUGGUUGACACUAUAGAAAUCCUGUGGGAUCCCAUUACGUGUGUGUCAAAGGGGAGGGAAUCUGGACUCAGCAACAACAGGUUAAUCAUGUUAAAUUUGGCCUUUGUGCUAGGGCCAUGAAGCUCAGGGCAUUAGCUGACCCAUGAACUAUCCAAAUGUGUACGUUACCAAGCAUAACAGUCUUAGGUUAGUGGGCCUAAAGCAAGCUCUUUAACUGGUGCUCAAACUAAAAAGAAUUUGGGGUUAAUGGGAAUAAAGGGGUGUGAAAGUGAGUAACAGGCAAAUGAAAUAACAUCUCAGUUUCUCAAUUCUCUGUCUAUACCAAUCAAAAAAUGCCUUUGAAGAAU